GCUUGCGCUGAAAGAUGGCCGCGGUGGAGCAGCGUCCGCCCGUGCGGGAGGGAAUUCGGAUCGCGGUGCUGUGCCUGUGCUGGUACACCGUCAGCUCCGGCGGCAACGUGGUCAACAAAAUCAUCCUGAACAGCUUCCCGUAUCCGGUCACAGUGUCGCUCUUUCACAUUCUCUCCAUCAUCGUGUUUCUCCCGCCGCUGCUGCGAGCCUGGGGCGUCCCGCGAACGGAGGUACCGGCCCACUUCUACCGCUGGUUCAUUCUGCCGCUCGCCUUCGGGAAGUACUUCGCCUCCGUCUCGGCCCACUUCAGCAUAUGGAAGGUUCCGGUGUCGUACGCGCACACUGUGAAGGCCACCAUGCCCAUCUGGGUGGUUCUGCUGUCACGGAUUAUCAUGAAAGAGAAGCAAACCACAAAGGUUUACGUGUCUCUCAUUCCCAUCAUCGGAGGUGUUCUGCUGGCCACCGUCACUGAACUGUCCUUCGACGUCUCUGGAUUGAUCAGCGCUCUGGCAGCAACGCUCUGCUUCUCCUUACAGAACAUAUUCUCUAAAAAGGUCUUGCGCGACACAAGGAUUCACCACCUCCAGUUGCUGAGCAUCCUGGGCUUCAAUGCUCUGCUGUUUAUGCUGCCCACGUGGAUUCUAGUGGACCUCUCCUCCUUCCUGAUGGAUGGAGACCUGUCGGAGGUUUCCAACUGGACGGGAACGAUCGUGCUGCUCCUCAUUAGUGGAUUCUGCAACUUCGCACAAAACAUGAUCGCUUUCAGCGUGUUGAACCUGGUCAGUCCGCUCAGCUACGCCGUAGCCAACGCAACAAAGAGGAUCAUGGUCAUCAGUAUAUCCCUGCUGAUGCUCAGGAACCCCGUCAACACCUCCAACAUUAUCGGCAUGAUGACGGCGAUACUAGGCGUCUUCCUGUAUAAUAAGGCCAAAUAUGAUUCCAACCAGGAGGCCAAAAAGAAGCUGCUGCCGGUUUCAGCACAGGAUAUGGUUUCGUUCGACAAGCCCCAGUCCAACGGCUCCGGGCCCUUCGCUCACGGCUCAGACUUUCAGCACGGCCGCAGCACGGUGCUCACCGACCACUUUCAGUACAGCCGACAGGCCUACACAGCAAAUUACAGCUCCAAGCAGUACGUGGUGUGAGUCGAGCGCCGCGGAGGACUCUAAAGACUGGUGUCAGACGCCCGAGCUUCAGGGGCGACGGGCGCGUCCUUCACGCGGACGAGGACGUGUCCGGGUGACUGGAACGGGAAUGUUUACUCACGAAAUCCUACUGCUUUUUACACAGGCCUGUUAUUUAUUUCAUCACAGACCCUGUUCUGUUGUUUUUUUCCCAUGUAGUUUAUGAGGAGAUUCUCAGUUGUAUGUGCAGAUGAUAGGAAGGUGCUGGGAUUUCUUUUGUUUUCUUUCAUAUUUUUGUUUUCAGCGCAGUUCAGAAUGUAACGCGUCAUCACGCUACGGACGGACCUCUGCCGCACGACAUACACUGGCUCGCUGCAAAUACAGAUGCAUCAGGGUAUUAGUCAAUGUUCUCGUUUUGCCUUUUAUCUGUAAAUAUUUUAUUUAUUUUUAUAGAGGAAGGUGUAUCGGUUGACCAUAUCACGGACUGAAAAACACCCUGUCGAUGGUUUGAAUGUCUAAUAUCUGUGAAGGAAUCGCUUUUUUUCUCUGAGGUGUUGAAUCGGAGGUCACUGUACAUGAUCACUUGAAUCAUAGUUCAUACAUUCAUAUGCAUGAUUAUCGUUUUUUGUGUCUUUUUUUUAAUUUGGACUGACAUGCAGGCAGUGCACUUGACAUACAAUGGUCGUAACUCAUGGGUCAGUUUAAUUCAUAAUAAAUGUCUGGGAAGGGACAAUCGGUGUUUCGUAAAGCAAUUUAUUUAUUAUUUUGCUGGAAUUGACAUUCUGUGUUGACAAAUUUGCCUCGUUUCCUCAAACGGAAGUCUAAUAAAAAGUUUGAGGACAGAUUUCUGACACUGAACGCCAUGGGAAUGGUCUCGUUAAAGGUGCAAUAUUCCUUUCGAUCACGAGGCGAUUCGAGCCUUUUCAUGGUGUAAAACCUGUAGCUGACAUCAUCUGUGGACUCCUUUUUGGUGUAGAUAUGGUUACAUUUGUUAAAUGCCACAAAUAUGUCAUGAAAAGGUCAUAGAAAGAGUUCUGUGGCCUGCUCUUCAAUAUUAUUUACCAGUUAAUGUCUUCAUUCCCAAAUAAAUGCCAGUUUGAGGAAAAUGUGUGAUUUCGUUUAACAUUUGUAAGCUAGUGAUUUCUUUAUAACGGGUGUCUCACUGCUGGCAAGUUAGACACAUAAAAGCAUGCACAUUUUUGCAUAACAAAUCUUAGUCCUUUAAAAUAUUGUACGUGUUAUGGAUUUUAAAGAGCAUCAUGACGCUUUUGAGAGACUCUGUCUUCAUGUCUCUGUAUGUUGGGAAUUUAUUGGAUCAGUUCAGCCAGAUGAAUUGAUUUCGUAAGUUCAGCAGCUAAAACUUGACGGCCGUGGCUGCGCUCUCUUCACGACGGCUGUUUUUCAUGGCUUCAAGCCUUUCGCUCUUGUUUUGUGCAGAUUGGCCUCUCGGUGCCACUUUCUUCUCUUCUUCCCUGAUUCUUAUGGCUUUUGGGUGAGUGUUUGUAAUCUGUACAAGAAAUAUUGGGCUGAUGUAGCGGAUUCAUUAACGAGACUGUGUGUGUGUGUGUGUGUGUGUGUGUGUGUGUGUGAGCACUGGAAUCCCAAUGUCGCAAACUGAGAUUUUGAAGGAUUUAAGAAAGUCUUGGAAACCGAACUUUUUUUGUGUGUGUGUGUUGUUGUAUUACACAGUGAAUAAUUGUAAACUGAGCCGAACCCCCUGAACCCUGGAAAUAUUCAGCUCAACAGUACCAAUAUUACAGUGACUGUACCUUCCCAUCAUGCACUACUGUAGUACUUGAUGCGUUGUUGUUGUUUUUGUUUUUUUGGUCAGCUCUGGUAUCUUCAAACUCUCAGACCGUGACCCCGGGAGAUUGAAGUGUGUCUCUGUGAUCCCACAGUCAUGUUCAGUCUUGUUUAGCUGUUUUUUUUUGUUUUGUUUUUUUUUCCAUUUGUUUUUCUAUGGUGUGGAAAUGCUUUGACCCUUUCUGUGUUGAGAUUGUUUUCCUUUCAGCCAGUGUUUAUAUAUCAUUUGAUUUUUAAGAUGCCUUGGUACGGUUAAUGUUGCAUUCUUUUAUUUGUCAACUUAAGAGUUAUAAGAUGACUUAUUUUUAAAUGUGAAAAUAAAGAAGAUGAAUUGAUAAAGUCUUGCUGUAGUAUGUGUUCCGGUCUGCAAAGUUAAAAAUAAUGUCUUGUUUCUAAGCAGUCUAUAUUUUGAAUCCGAUUCGAGAACCUCACUGUAAGAAGAAUAUUCAAACAAGGAAGUAACACGGACCCUUUUGUUUUUAGCACAUUACAGUUUAAAAUCUCAUAAUUACAUAUUCUUAGUUCUGAGUUAUAAUUCUCAAAUGUAGUUGUAUAAUGUUUGUGUAAAAGUGCACAAGUUCAAACUUACGAAUAGAAGAGUGAAAAGGGUUCAAGCUGCUUCGCACAGGCUCACGUUGUGUUUGUUCUCAUUUUCUUUUUUCCUGUUUUCCCUAAAACUGUUGGAGUGUUAAAGACCUGUUUGCUGCUGUCUCCCGUUAUAAAAUAAAUCCUUCUUGCUUAUGA